AUGGCUCCUCCUGCGCCCAUCCUGCGCAUCGGCAGCUCGCUCUCGGGCGCACCCACCGCGGCGCCGACCGCGUCGCUCCCCGCCAAGCCGGCCGCCUCGAGUCCUCCACCGCCGCCGUUCGACCGCGCGAGCGCCUUCAAGGAGCGCCUCCAGGCGACCCAGGCGCGUGCUACUGCAGCAGCAAGCCUGCCCAGUCGGCCCUCUGCCGCCGCGUCCGCCAGCAGCAGCGCUUCCAACCGCGCCGCUCCUCCCCGUCCAGCAGCCGUCCAGCAGCCCGUCGCCGCGGCCCUCCCGCCCGCCGCCGCGCAGCCCUCGCCCUACUCGAACCCCUCGCUCGUGUAUCCAAUCAGCGGGCCGCGCACCACCUCCGGCCCGCCUGCGCCAUCAUCCUCGUCCCCGUCCUCCUUCGCCCCGGCCUCGCCUCCCUUUCCGCCUCGUCAGCCCGCGUACGGCGCGUUCGCCUACCCGGACUACGCGCCUCAGCAGCACUACCCACACCACAUGCCCAGCACAGCCACGCCCUUCCACCUCCCGUCCCACCCGCACCAUCACCCGGCGCAGCCUCACCCCUCGUCGGCCUUCCCCCACCACUACGCCGUCUACCCUCCCACCGCGCCCGCCUCUUCCCACCCCGCCUACCCACCGCCCUCGACGGCGCACGACACGCAGACGUGGCCCGCGCCCGAGAUCACGUGGCGCAGCCCACCGCCGCCUGCGCCGCCUGUCCCGGCGCGCUUGACGAGCGACGGGCGCGAAACGGACUAUGGCGCGGCUGCGGCGGCGGCGGCGAGUGGCGGCGGCGAGGAGCAAGGGGCGGCGCAGGAGCAGCAGGAGCAGGCGCACCAGGAGCAGCAGCAGGCGCGGGCGCAGGCGCACGAGCCCGCGAGCCCGCGCGCGCGCCGCCGCUCGACAAUGAGCGCCGCCGCCGCCGAGCCGGGCUCGGAGCGCCUCGGCGGGUUCGUCAGCGCGUUUGAGGGCGAGUUUGGUGGGGCCGAGAGGGCGCGCGAGGGGGCUUUCGGGCUGUGUGGGCUUGAGGGGCUCGAGGAGGCGGAGGGGGAGAGGCUCGAGGGGGAGCUGCUGCGGGUUUGGCGGGACAAGAUCGCUCCGCUGUCGAACGGCGACCUCGACGACGCGUCUCGCAACGUCCUCGACGGGCUCCACUACCUCCUCCUCACCUCGCCCUCGCUCCCCUCGCUCCCCUCCUCAGCCCAGGAGCUCUCGUCUCUCGAGCUCGCCCUCCUCGACGUCGCCAUCCGCGCCGAGGGCCUCGACGUCGCCGACGAGCGUGACGCCGUCCGCGAGCGGUGGGGCGCCGUCGAGCGCAAGUGGACCGCGCGCACGACGAGGGUCCUCGCGCUCGAGGACCGCCAGGCUGGGAUCGUGUCGGCGCUCGUGCAAAAGGUUGCAGAACUCGAGCUCGAGCGCGCGCAGGCGCAGGCGCGCACAAAGCGCCUCGAGACGAGCGUCGCGGCGUCCAAGGGCGAGCUCGAGCAGCAGAAGGAGCGCGCCGAGCGGGCCGAGGCCAAAGUCAAGGCCAAGCCGUCGCAGCGCGUCGGCCUCCUCCUCGAGGACCUCAAAAAGGUCACCGCCGCCCGCGACACCCUGUCCGCCGAGCUUGACGACGCCCGCUCGACCCUCGCGUCCGCUCACUCGGACCUCGCGCGCCUGCGCCGCCCCUCCUCGGCCCUCCUCCUCAGCUCCACGACGCGCACCUCCACCGCCCUCGACCACGCCGCCUCCGAGCCCUCGGCCGCGGCCGCCGACUCGACCGGCGAGCCCGGCCGCGCCCUCCACCUCCUCCUCCUCGAGGCCGAGCUGCGCCGCGCCCGCGAGGCGCACGAGGCGGACCGCAUGAUUGCCGACGAGCGCGUGCGCGCGCUGCGCGCCGAGGCGGACGAGCUGCGCCGGGUGCUCGCGCGGCGCGCGUCGGCGUCGGCGUCGGCUGCGGCUGCGGCGGGCGGCGGGGCGGGCGCGCCGGGCGCGAGUGUGGCGGGCUCGUCGUCGCUCGUCGGGGCGGCGGUCGAGCGCGAGCUCGAGAGCGCCAAGGCCCAGCUCGCCAAGAAGGGGUUCGUCGUCACCCGCCUCGCCGAGAAGGUCAAGGAGCUCAACCGCGAGCUUGAGGGCAAGGCGAGGGAGAACGCGACCCUCCUCGACCGCCUCGCCGUCACUGCCCCUCGCGCCUCUUCCGCCUCAUCUCCCGCCUCUCCUUGA